CCCGCAACAGCCAUAACAACGACUCUCCGAACUCGACCUUUGCAAUCCAGUUCUGAUGAGGGGUGACUUGAGCUCUCAAGACUUGCAAAAGGCCUGGCGAUAUGCCGUACAAACCGACUUUCACGGUCUGACUUCCGGGGAAAACGAUCCGAUAGAGACCGUCACUCUGACGUAUGACUCGCACGAACGCUUCAUCCCGUUUCAGCGCCGGAACGAUCGAAUGGAGCAAGCUUAUGGCAUCAGCUCGGAUGAGCGAUGGUUGGCCCACGGUGUCGAUAUGACGAUCGACUUGUACGACCUGUCCACAGGCGAGCGCGUGACCACCCUGUCAGGACACACUGCUUCUAUCGGGUCGCUCGCCUUUGCUCCCGACCACCCGACACGUUGGUAUCGUCAGCGAGGUCUCGAGGUAACAGGGCAGAAGACGAACGAGCAGAGACCAUCGUAUGGAACCUGGAAGAGAAGUCGGAAGGACCGACUGAGAUGGCACGUGCCGAGCCGGACGAGGUGGCUCGUGAGGCGGUCGAGCAUAUUCAAACCAGACUGGCAGCGGCUGCUCCACCCGUUAGCUUGGAGCCAGGCGAGACGGCCGAGUUGACGACCACCUUGGAAAAGCUUCUCAGCCGCUAUAUCAGCCGAUCGAGCCUCCCAUCAACGGCUCGUCGUCUGAGUGGCCGUCUGUGUACAUCGUUCCAGUCUCCAGUGUUCAACAACGCAGGCACUGCCUUUACCGUCCUCCCAGCCCGAUCCCCGCCGUCCAACGGAGAUGCACAGUGGGAUAUCAGAGUACACGAACUGGUAUCAGGCCGAGAGACCAUCCUGACCGGUCAUCGCGACUCGAUCAUGUGGAUAGGGUUCUCUCCCGAUGAUUCCCUCAUCGUCAGUGCGUGUUGGGAUGGGACCUUCCGGGUCUGGCGGGCAAGUACCGGAGAGCAAGUCCAUGUUUGGACCACGGAUAAGCAGAACUGGACGGGAUGUUUCGCCCCGGACGAUGAACGCUUCCUGGGCACAGACGGCAAUGGCAUGAUCCGCGUCUGGAGUCUAUCCAGCGGCGAAUUGCUCUGGUCUUACGAACAAGAGGAAGAGGGCUUUAUGAGGCGCUGGCGCCGAUUCGUCGACUGGUCAAGCGACGGGAAAUACAUCCUUGUCGGCGGGGAAGAACUCGGCGAGAUCCUCUUGUUCGAGGUGCCGUCUGACAACAGUGUGGGUCCUUCCGAGGCUGCCCAGCGUCGAGUUUUAAGCCUCGAGAAGACCAGGAUGGACGAUGACGUCAAACGUAUGGCAAGAGGAUUUCUCAACGUGAACAGUCUCCGGUUCAUAUUCGAUGUCGACGACAACGACGUUGCGUUCGGCGCCUCGACUUACAUCGAUGCCGGUAUCGAGUUCGUCUCACUCGCCAGAGGCAAGAGAUGGCGGAUCAUUCCCUUCGAAAGGACCGACGAUGAUGACGCCGAUUACAAAAGGCUCGACCGGACUAAAGAAGGAUGGCCCAUCUACCCCCGGUGGUCGGCGUUGAAAGAGUCGAGACAGGUCGUCGUGAUCAGCCCUGAUGGAGCAAGGUUCUGGAAGUUGACCUGAUGUCGAACGGUGAUUAUGGUCAUGACAGUUUGUAACAAUAUAUACAGAUACCCACGGACAGCCGUAAUCGUUCUAUCGGACAGGGAAACGAGCCAUGUGAGGAUGUUUGAUGUUAUGACCCCUGAUCGGUCUGCAACUCGACGAAAAGCG